AUGGAAACAGACAAGCACUCGCUUGAGGUGCGCGAGGGGAAUCCGCCAGCCCCUGCUAACGGUGAGGAAUGCAAGGCCCCAGUCGAAGGCAACCCCAAGGCAGCUGCCACAGACAAGAAAACCGGCGAGCGAGUGGCUGGCAAGCCAAAGGACAAGAAGCAGACCGAGAAGAAGUCGUCGAAAGCCAAGCGGAAGAAGAAGGCUGAUGCCUUGCCGUCCUCCGACGAGAGCGCCACCGAUGAUGACACCAGCGAAUCUGACUCCGCCUCGGACCAUGACGAUAGCUCCUCUGAGUCCGAGAGCGAGUCCAAGAAGAAGCGGGUGACAAAGAAGCGACACGAGGCUAGUAGGUCCAAGAGAAAGUCACGAAGCAAGAAGUCCAAGAAGCCUGUCACAUCGGAGGAGUCCUCGUCUUCAUCCGGCGAAUCUGACUCUGAUGCUUCCAAAGCCGAAACCGAGGAUUGUUCUGAGGACGAGAUGAGCCCACGAGAGGCGGUGAAACAGAUGCACCUUCUUGUGGCGCAAGCGCAACAAUUGGCGCAGCAGCAGCAACACCUGCCACUCGGUGUGCCCCUGUCUUCAUCUCAAGGCAUGCAGUUCCAGAGACAGAACGCCAUGCCUUAUUCUUUUAACCCUUCACGUCAGUAUAACAACGACGACUAUGACGGCGGUGCGCCCCCGAGCUUCAAUCCUCCUCGCAGUUCCAGGAGAGGGCCUCGUUUCGGCCAAACUCCUGGCGGGAGAGGCAACUAUGGUCUGGGAGAUCUGGACGCCGGCCUUUCUAAUCUCCUGGACCCCAACCUUCUCGGCGACGGCAAGCGUCUGACCAAGGACAAAAAGGAGAGAAAGAAGCAGAAGAAGAAGGAGGAGGCGGCAAAGCUCAACUACAAGCGGGUUGACCAGGUUUGGGACAGCUCGAUUCACAACUACAAGCUUCAGGACACGGCCGAGGGUUCGGUUGACUCGCAGUAUCAUGAUUUUCUGUUUCAUGUGCGCAGAACUUUUGAUUGGGAGGGCAAGUAUAAGGCUACCAUUGUCGACAUCAAGAGUAAACUCCUACGCGAGUGCUUGCAGGAUGUCAUGGGCAAUGUUAAAGGCGUGUCAUUGGUGGAGAGCACACCCAAGCUGGACCCCAAUCUACUUUUUCUCUAUCUCGAUGAUUUGAAGACGGCUCUGAAGGGCCUUAAACGGCGUACUUGCAAGGGUGCCAAGCGGGAUCUUAAGAAGGAGCAGAAGCGUCUGGAGGAUAAGCGCAAACACCUGAAGGUCCUGAUUAAGUACCUCGACAAGGACUAUGCGGAGGUCAAGAAGAGUCUGUACCCGAUGCUGAAGAACGGACUCAUCACCUUUGACCUGCUCUGGGCCCUCUGGAAGCCCAACACUCUUGCUUUCGCCCACACCUACAGUUCGCCGGAUGAGCCUCGCGUGUUCAAGGUUGAGAUCGCAGAGAAACACUCCUCGUUCAUGAAAGGCGACUACUAUUACUUGGAGGGUAAGUAUUUCGAGUACGACGGCAAGCAGUUUGGUUACGGAAGCGUCUCGGAGGAGAUUAUGGAGUUUAGAGGCGCUCGCAAGAUCACCAGCUUGAAUUGCUAUCCGCUCAGCUACCACAAGAACGAAGCCAGGGUGCGCGAGGAGCUGGUGGAGCGAGGCAAGAAGUUCGUCGGCCUGGCUGGUGUGUACUACAAGAGUCAUCAGGGCAUGGCGUACUACAAGAAGAAGAAGGGAGUUGUCAAGGUCAAUAUCAAUGGCCGGAUCAUGGUCGACCCUGCUAUUCACAGGAGGAUCAAUCCCAACUACCCGAUUUCGAUGGUGCGGCCAAAGGACCACGACAGGUACUCGGACGAUGAGUGCUCUGAUGAGUCGGACUGUAGUGGAUGUGGCUCUGAUGACGAGGAGGAAGCGUUCAAGCGCAACGCUCGUCUUUAUAGACCCAAGCGGAGCGGCCCUCCUGAGAACAACACGGGGGAGAAGCUGGAAAAGGUUUCGGCGCAGAAUGAUGAGGUCGGUGAAGAGACCAAAGAUGGAGAGGAGGCGGAGAACAAGGAGGUACCGGCAACUGGUUCCAAGGACGCCAAGAAGAUCCCCGAGUUCAGCGAGGAGGACUACUUGAUUGCCUCUCCCGUGGUGCUUGGGUUCUCGUUUGCGGAAAAGCUGUGGCUUGAGUUUACCGUUUCUGGUGUCAAGGAGAUUCAGUGGAACGAAACGGCGUAUGACUCGCUGGUGCUCGAGUCCAAGACCAAGGACAUAGUCAAGGCGUUGGUCGAGUCUCACAAGUACCAUGCGGCCGAGAGUAUCGACGAUGUCAUCCAAGGCAAGGGAAGAGGCCUGGUCGGUGAGUUUUUUCGCUCUCUUUGUAACAUGCUGCAUAUCACUGACGAGCCUAUAGCUGUUCUUCAUGGUCCGCCUGGUACUGGCAAGACUUUGACAGCCGAGGGCAUCUCGGAACUGCUCAAGUGUCCGCUCUACAUGGUUUCGGCGGGCGAGCUGGGCACCGAUUCUCGCUUCCUCGAGACCGAGUUACAAAAGAUUCUCGACAUUUGCCACGCCUGGGGCGCCAUCCUCCUGCUCGACGAAGCGGACGUCUUCCUCGAGAAGAGGAACAUGCACGACAUUCACCGCAAUGCUUUGGUGUCGAUAUUCCUCAAGCAGGUUGAAUACGUGCAGAACAUUCUCAUCCUCACUACGAACCGUGUAGAGACAUUUGAUGACGCCUUCCAAUCCCGCAUUCACAUUGCCCUUCGCUACGGCAACCUCGAACAAAAGGCCAGGAAGGCCAUCUUCAAGAUUUUCAUCGACCGCGUUCGUGCUCACGAGGGCAGCAAGCUUGGGCCGUUCACCGAUAGCGAUUACGAAAGUCUUUCCCGGAAGGAGCUGAACGGGAGGCAGAUCAAGAACACGGUCAGGACGGCGCAGGCGCUGGCGGUUAACAAGGGCGAGCCCUUGUGUAUGAGCCAUAUCCGGCAGGUCUUGGAGGUACAGGCAAACUUUGACCGGGAUCUGAAGGGCGGGACGGGGUAUCAGGACGCGAUGAGGAGUUAUUUUUAA